AUGGGCAAGGUCGUCGCGGCAGUGGGAUUGUCCCACGCACCUGGAGCACUCGCGUUCCCUGAGACAGCCCAACCAGAGGUCCGCAAGCGGACAGAGGACGCAACGCGGUCGCUGGGCAUCUCUCUCGAGUCCUCGCAACCGGACGUCAUCGUCGCAUUUCUAGACGACCACUUUGAGAACUUUUUCCGCGACCUCUGUCCGUCGGUGGUCAUGGGCAUCGCCGACCAGCACGUCGGGCCGGCCGACCAAUGGAUGGAGACUUUGCGCAUCGACAAAAAGACCAUCUUCCCCGGUGCGCCGGCGCUGGCCGAAAAGCUCCUGGGGUCGCUCGUGUCGCAGGGCUACGACGUCGCGCGCGCCGGGCCAUGCGAGUACGGCAACAACCUCCUCAUGCCGUGGAAGCUGAUGGGGGUCGAACAGUCUCUGGCGGGGGUGCCCGUCAUCCCGAUCUUCAUCAACGUCUUCACGCCGCCGCUGAUCCCGUACCGGCGCGCGUACACGCUCGGCGAGGCGGUGCGGCACGGCAUCGAGACGGCGUGGCCCGCCGACACCAAGGUCGCCUUCAUCGCCACGGGCGGCCUGUCGCACUGGCCCCCGUACUGGAACCCGAUCCAGGGCGGCGACCCGCCCAGCGACCCGUUCCUGCAGCGCAUCAAGCGCUACCAGACCGAGGGCAAGGCGUACCUCAAGCAGGACCCGAGGCUGUUUGUCGACUUUGACGACUACGAGGUCGAAAUGGCAAAGAAGAACGAGUACCCCCUAAACUCCAAGCAUCCGCUCGUCAACUGGGACUGGGACCGCAUGUUCAUGCAAAAGUACUCGGCCGGCGACAUUGAGUGGAUGAAGAACCUGACGUACGAGGAGGUCGAGGAGGAAGCCGGCCACGGUGGUCACGAGGUCUUGAACUGGGUCGCCAUGCUGGGCGCAAUGAAGGGCGCGCAGAGUAAAAUGCUGCUGUACGAGCCCGUCGUCGAGUGGAUCUGUGGUAUGGUUUAUCAGGAUUUUUGUGUCACGGAGAAAUUGAAUUAA